CGCUGCAGUGGAGCUAGUGAGUGAAGCAUCACUGAAGCACGGUAGAAAUGUCAGGCAUUGUUUAUUUUGCGUGCUCGUUUAAACGCUGAAACUAUCCUCGCCGUUCAUUAUUAGCCCCCGGACUACAUCAGUCCUGCUCUUCGCGAGAUGAGCCAGUCAGUGUCAGGCACUGGAGCCGCUGUCGUCCUUUAAUAAGAAAGGUGUUUAAUGCUGUUAUUUGUGUAGUGUGAGGUGCGCGCGCGUCUCAAGGAGCUCCGGAAGGACUGUACACAUUUUUAAAUGAACAUAUUUUAAUAUUUAUCCAAUUGCACGGUACAGUAAGUGUUAUAUUCUACUGACAGCUCAUAAUUUUGCAUUAUACCGCCGUCGGAUUUUCGAAGCGCGUCGCUUCCCUAAGUCGCUGUGACGCUCGGAUAAGCUUCAGGACGGCGACCACAUACUGGACCACGCACACGCAUCUGAGGUUAGUUUGAUGUCCUCGUGAGGAACCCGAGCAGAAGAUGUGGGUGAACCCUGAGGAGGUGUUGCUGGCCAGCGCGCUGUGGAUGACAGAGAGAGCGAAUCCCUACUUCAUCCUGCAGAAGAGAAAGGGCCACGGAGACGGCGGAGGAGGGCUCGCGGGUCUGCUGGUUGGUACUCUUGACGUGGUGCUGGACUCGAGCGCCCGUGUGGCCCCGUACAGGAUCCUCUACCAGACCCCCGAUUCCCUGGUUUACUGGACCAUCGCCCACGGGAGCUCUCGUAAGGAGAUCACGGAGAACUGGGAAUGGCUGGAGCAGAAUCUGCUGCAGACGCUCUCCAUCUUCGAGAACGAGAAUGACAUCACCACCUUCGUCAAGGGCAAAAUACAGGGCAUUAUAGCCGAAUACAACAAAGGUCAUGAUAUCAGAGAGGAUGACGACACGGAUAAGUUUAAGGAGGCCAUCGCUAAGUUUCGCAAGCUCUUCGUCAUGCCGGAGGAGGAGAAGCUGGUCAACUAUUACUCCUGCAGCUACUGGAAGGGCAAGGUGCCACGGCAGGGCUGGCUGUACCUCAGCAUCAACCACCUCUGCUUUUACUCCUACCUGCUCGGGAAAGAGGCUAAGCUGGUGAUCCGCUGGGCUGACGUGACUCAGCUGGAGAAGAACGCCACGCUGCUGCUGCCGGACAUGGUGCGCGUCAGCACACGCUGCAGCGAGCAUGUCUUCUCCGUCUUUCUCAACAUCAACGAGACCUUCAAACUCAUGGAGCAGCUCGCCAACAUAGCCAUGAGACAGCUGCUGGACAACAAGGGCUUCGAGCAGGACCGCUCUCUGCCCAAACUCAAGAAGAAGUCACCCAAGAAAGUGUCGGCCCUCAAAAGGGAUUUGGAUGCCAGGGCUAAAAGCGAGCGAUACCGGGCACUUUUCCGCCUGCCGAAAGACGAGAAACUGGACGGUCACACGGACUGCACACUAUGGACCCCCUUCAACAAGAUGCACAUCCUCGGACAGAUGUUCGUCUCCACCAAUUACAUCUGCUUCACCAGUAAAGAGGAGACCGUCUGCAGUCUGAUUAUCCCGCUCAGAGAGGUGACCAUCGUUGAGAAAGCCGAUAGCUGUAACGUCCUUCCCAGCCCCUUGUCAAUCAGCACCAAAAACAAAAUGACCUUCCUCUUUGCCAACCUCAAAGACCGCGACUUCCUGGUGCAGAGGAUCUCGGACUUCCUGCAGCAGACCACCUCCAAAAUCUACUUUGAGCGGGAAAUCACGGGCAGCCUCAGCAGCUCAGACGACGAGGUGUACUCUCAGCAGGGCAGUGUGUUGUCCUGUAGUCCCCAGCGCAGCGCUCUCAGCUCGGAGGGAGACAGUGACAGACAGUUCAAUCUCAAUGAUAACAGGGUUCCCACUGCCACACAAGCUCUGAUGACCAUGUACCGCCGGCGAUCCCCGGAGGAGUUCAACCCCAAACUGGCUAAAGAGUUUCUGAAGGAGCAGGCCUGGAAGAAUCACUUCACAGAAUAUGGCCAGGGAGUGUGCAUGUACCGCACGGAGAAGACCAAAGAGCUGGUGCUGCAGGGCAUCCCGGAGAAUAUGAGAGGAGAGCUCUGGCUCCUGUUUUCUGGAGCGAUUAAUGAGAUGUCCACUCAUCCUGGUUAUUAUGAGGAUCUGGUGGAGAAGUCGAUGGGGAAAUAUAAUCUGGCCACCGAGGAGAUCGAGAGAGACCUGCACCGCUCUCUUCCAGAGCAUCCAGCCUUUCAGAAUGAGAUGGGCAUCGCUGCUCUGCGUCGAGUCCUCACUGCAUACGCCUUCCGCAACCCCAACAUCGGCUACUGUCAGGCCAUGAACAUCGUGACCUCCGUCCUGCUGCUGUACGCUAAAGAGGAAGAGGCUUUCUGGCUGCUGGUGGCCUUAUGUGAGCGUAUGCUUCCUGACUACUACAACACCAGAGUCGUAGGUGCUUUGAUGGACCAGGGUGUGUUCGAGGAGCUGGCUCACGUCUAUGUUCCUCAGCUGUACGACUGCAUGCAGGCGCUGGGUGUCAUCUCCACCAUCUCUCUGUCCUGGUUCCUCACGCUCUUCUUGUCCGUCAUGCCCUUCGAGAGCGCCGUGGUGGUGGUCGACUGCUUCUUCUAUGAGGGCAUCAAGGUCAUCUUCCAACUAGCGCUGUCGGUGCUCGACGCUAACAUCCAUCAGCUGCUGAGCUGCAAAGAUGAUGGAGAAGCCAUGACCAUCCUGGGCAGGUAUCUGGACAGCGUGACAAACAAGGACAGCACUCUUCCUCCAAUCCCUCAUCUUCACUCUCUCCUGACGGAUAAUGGGGAGCCUCAUCCUGAGGUGGACAUCUUCAAACUGGUGCGCAGCUCCUAUGAGAAGUUCGGCUCCAUCCGGGCGGAUGUGAUUGAGCAGAUGCGUUUCAAACAGAGGCUGAGAGUGAUCCAGACCAUUGAGGACACCACCAAACGCAAUGUGGUGCGGACCAUCGUGACGGAGACGCCCUUCAGCAUCGAUGAGCUGGAGGAGCUUUAUACACUCUUUAAGGCUGAGCAUCUGACCAGCUGUUACUGGGGCAGCACCAGUAACCCCAUGAGCCGGCACGACCCGAGCCUGCCAUACCUGGAGCAGUACCGCAUCGAUCUGGAGCAGUUCAAAGUGCUGUUUGCGCUGCUCUUCUCCUGGGCCUGUGGCACACACACCGACGACCUGGCCCUGCGCGUCUUCCGUCUGCUGGACCACAACGCAGACACGCUCAUAAACUUCAGAGAGUUCAUCAGCGGCCUCAGUGUCCUGUGUCACGGUGACCUGACGGAAAAACUCAAAUUUCUGUAUAAGAUUCAUGUACUUCCAGAGUUGCACCAGGAGCAGGAGGAGCCCGACUCAGCGUGUGAAGCUACGCAGUAUUUUUUUGAGGACAUCACCCCAGAGACCUCCAGCGGCCUCGACCAAAAGAACAGAGCCGAGAAGGACGAUGGUUUUGUAGGAGUCACCUUUAAAAGUGAAAAAGUUAAGAAAAUGCACACUCCAGAUUACCGCACGUACCUGCGCCUGUGGAACCAGGAGACCAAAGCAAAGUUAGAGAACAUGAAGGAUCUGCCCAAACUCAACCAGAGUCAGUUCAUCGAGCUGUGCAAGACUCUCUAUAACAUGUUCAGCGAAGACCCCAGCGAGCAGGAGCUGUAUCACGCCACGGCCACGGUCACCAGCCUGCUGCUGGAGAUGGGAGAGGUGGGCAAGCUCUUCUGCAGUCCGGCUCACAAGACAGACGAGGAGGACGAGGAGGAUGAAGACGAGCGCAUCCCGCCGAGCAGGAGCAAGCAGGAGCGAGUGCGCCGCAGACCCUGCGACACGGCUCCCUCAGACGACAUCAAGCUGGAGGACUCCUCGCCCAAAGACACGGCCACGUCCUCCGCCAUGCUCAUCUCCGACGAUGAGACCAAAGACGACACGUCCAUGUCCUCCUACUCCGUCCUGAGCGCCGGCUCGCACGAGCUUCAGUGCGAGGACAUCGCCGAGGACACCGUGCUCAUACGCAGCGGCGCAGCGGCCGCCGGGCAUCAUGGGAGGUCCGGUCUGCCUCACAGCGCCAGCAUCGACAAGGACUGGGCCAUCACUUUCGAGCAGUUCCUGGCCUCGGUGCUGACCGAACAAGCCCUGGUGCAGUACUUUGAGAAGCCUGCGGAGAUUGCCGCACGAAUAACCAACGCCAAGAACGUUCGCAAGGUGGGACACCAACACAUGUCCAUCAGUGACUAUGAGAUCUCGCUAUCAGGCUAAAAACUGUUACCUCUGCGUUCAAAGCUGUGUUUGGGGGUUAAAGGAGUAGUUAUCCAAAACAUAAGAUUUGGGCAUCGUUAACUCACUUUUAUGUUCCAAACCUGACUUAUUUUUUGUGAAAAGUUUAUGCUAGUUUCUCCAUACAAUGAAAGCGGAUGGUAACCAUCUCUGUCGAGCGAAAACAUGACAAGAAGCACCAUAAAAAAAGACUUGGACACUACAUAGUGAGUUUUCUGAAGCCAUAUGCUAACAACUUAAAGUUCAUGUUUCUCUCACAAACCCACUUUAUGGCUUUAGACAUUUUAUAAUAAAUAUAAUGGCAACUUUUAUGAUGUUUCAUUGUCAGCUUGAAAUAUUAUAUGUUUGAUUUUACAUUUUAUACAAGGCUUUUUGCAACAGUUUCACGCAAAAAAUCCCUGAUUGGUGUGAUUUCGCUGUUUCCGACAGUAAAUCUCAAUAUCAAAUGACAGAAUAUAAGACUUAUGCACAAUGUAUUGAGUUUUUUUAAGCCACGUGCUUGCAAAUAACGGCUUAAAUUGAGUGUGUUUCUCACAUAAAUCUGUUUUAAGACUUUAGAUGUUUUGUAAUAAUCAUAUUAGCCACUUUUAUGAUGCUUCAUUGUCAUUUUUGGAGCUCGAAAUCUUCCUCAGGAGGUCACAAUGUUUUAUUUUACAUUUUAUGCAAGGCUUGCAAUUUUUGCAGCACUUGAACGUUUUUGGGACUUGUCUAAAACAGAUCCCCCCCCCCCCCCAAAAAACCCUAAUUGAUGUAUUUUCACUGUUUUCUAGCAGUGAACCUAAACGUCCAAUGAAAUAACAUAAUUGUGCACUAUAUAUAAUGUGUUGUCUGAAGCCAUAUGCUAGCAAGUAACAACUUGUUUCUCGCACAAACCUAUUUUAUGACUUUAGACGUUUAUUGGCCAUUUAUAUGACGUUGUAGUGUCCUUUUUGGAGCUUGAAAUCUCCUGUCUUCACUCUAUGGAAAUGAGCAGCCUGGACAUUUGGCUAAAUAUCUCCUUUCGUGUUCUACCUUAAGAAAUAACCUCAUGCAGGUCUGGAACGACACAAAGGUCAGCAAAUGAUGACAGAACUUUUAUUUUUAACUAAACCUAAUCUGAUCUCCUCUUAAAUCGGCGGGAAGUUUCAAAGGCUUGAUGUUCGCGUGAGCUCGUUAGGGAACGGACAGUAUUGCGUUUUCCUCGAGGCUUGUCUUUGAUCUGAGGACAGACCGACACAAUGAUCUUUUUACCUGUACAAAGUCUGAGAGGACCUGUUGUAUACUACAAUGCGCUUGAUGUACUUUAUAUACAGAAAUGUUUACUAAUAAUAUCUAAUACAGUUAGGCUGUUUAUCAUAGUAAUCGUGUCUAGAAUAGCUCACUAGUCCUGAUUGGGAUAAAACAUGUCCUGCGCUGCGAUAAAACACAUUCUUAAUCUGUACUUUUGUUUUAUGUUCUAAUAAAAGUAUCUAAAUCUCCUUAAAAAAAAAAAAAGCUAUAUUAAGUUACUUAAGAAGCAAAAGUGUGUGCAAGAAUUCUUAGGGGGGGGAAAAGGUUCAUUUGUAUGCUAAAAACAAGAACAAAAAUGCAAAUUUUUAAAUAGUGUAUUUGUAUAGACAAUACAGGUAAACUUUACAUUUAUUUGACAUUAUAAUAUAUUCUAUAAUAAUAGCCUUAUGCAACCUUAUGUGGUUUUGCUUCUCAAGUAUCUUCUGAAGAUUUAGAUAUUUUUACUUUGAAAUAAGAUAAUUAAAUACAGAUUAAGAGAAUGGCUUUGUUUUUUAUAGUAUAGUAAAUGAUCUUUAACGUGAGAGAGCGGCUGUGAUAUUUAACACAGAGGAAGUUAAAUGUGUCUGGGAUUGUUGGAAGGACGUUUUCUAUAUCAUCUGUAAUUUCCCAGAUUUCUAAUUUCUCUCUUCCUCUCUCGAUUCCUUGCACCUGCACUUUGGGUUUUUCUUCUUUGUAAAUCGUGAGGAUGUUCACAUCUGUCAGCGCUGAAAUAUCUGAUAUGAAUCGGCUGAGAGGCGACACAGUCCAGCUGUGAUUGAUAUCUGAUUUAUAGUGUUUGCUGAAGAAUAUGAUUGUGUACAGUUUUUAUUUUACCGUGUUCUCACCAGGCAUGUGGCAUGUCUGUGCACCUUCUCGUAAGUUAUUGUUUGAUUGUUUUUUUUUUUAAAUAGACGUUUCUACUUUAUUUCAUGCUGCUGUUUUUAAGUUUACGUUUUAAUGUGAAUGGUUAAAAUCGACCUGUAAAUGAUUGAGAUCACCUCCAGCAAUUAAAAGUUUAAAUGGAAAUAUCCUGUCCUGUUAUCAAAAACUCUUCACUUCUGUUUCAUUUAUUUUUUACUGUAUUGCAGUCCAUUUGCAGUACAAAACAUGGGGAAAAGCUAUUGAAAGUGUUUGUGUUGUUGUUUUUAUAUUACAUUUUAUUUGUAAAGUGUCAGUGAAACGGGGCUCCGAUAUGCAGUUUUAUUUAACAUUUUAUACAAGGUUUGCAAUUUUUGCAACACUUGGGCAUGGACAUGGACGCAGAUUUAGGCUAAAUAAAACUGUCACAGAAAUAUGUAGCUAGUUGAUGAAGAAAUUUUGGUUAGUAGUUAGUAAUAAACU